CCAUUUUGCAAAUCAGUGGAACCUGUAUGUGGACAUAACGGGGAAACCUACAGCAGCGUCUGUGCUGCCUAUUCCGAUCGUGUGGCUGUUGACUAUUACGGACACUGUCAGGCUGUAGGUGUUCUCUCAGACUACAGUUUUCAUACAGAGUGUGCCUUUGUUAAAUGUCCCCAGCUUUCUGCUACUGGCUGCAAACCGGUUAUUGCACCAGGAGCCUGCUGUCCAUUAUGUGCUGGAAUGCUGAGAAUCUUAUAUGACAAAGACAAGCUGGAUACUUUUGCAAGGGUAACAAACAAAAAGCCUAUAACAGUACUUGACAUACUUGAAAAAAUCCGCCUGCAUGUCUCAGUGCCACAGUGUGAUGUGUUUGGAUACUUAAGCAUAGAAUCUGAAAUUGUGAUUCUCAUCAUUCCUGUGGAUCAGAACCCCAAACCAUUGCAGAUUGAAGCCUGCAAUAAAGAAGCAGAAAAGAUAGAGUCACUGAUAAAUUCAGACAGUCCAACAUUAGCAUCACACGUACCGCUGUCAGCUCUAAUUGCAUCUCAAGUACAAGUUUCAUUUAGCAUUUCUUCUCCUUCUGUUAAAGUGGUGCCUGUUCUACACUCCCUGUUCAUAAGCCUUUUAUUCACCUUGUCAGGAUUAAUAUAUUAUAUAUAACUGCUUAGAAAAUGUGCAUGAGUAUUGCAGUGGUUUAUAUUGUGAAGAACAUUCAGAACUGUUGAUCACUGAACCAGAAAACAAAAAUUGUAGAAGAUGUGAUGAACUAAUAUCUUUCAGUGAAGAACUACAAGUAUUGGGAAUAAUGUGAAAAGAUUAUUCUUGUAUUCAUUACUAGUCAGAUGACUGUUUCAGCACAAUUAGAUUGUUUUCCAUUGAUCUUGGAAACAUAAAAAUACUCUGGAAGGUUCUGACAUGGAUUUAU